CCGAUUUCAACCAGCGGUUCCAAGAGGAUGGAGCACAUGUCUAUUGAAUAGAUUAAGGUAUACAUGUGAGGUUAUGAGUGGCACGAAAACCUAAUUCUACAGUCCGGGGAAUACAAACUGUGUAGCCCAUAUACGCAAUGAAGAGUGUCUCGGUGGUAAUUAGGCCAGUCCGUCCGAAGACUCAACGACGGCAUUGAAGGUCGUAAUAAGCUGCAUGGCUUGGCCUUUUCAUGGGGUCCUCAGCCGCGACUUCAACUUUUCACCCCUCCCCCGCACCGUCCCUCCGCAUUCGUUGUAUCUUCCCGUUCGCCCCCAUCAAUUCGUCCAGUCACGCCUCACCAACGUCCAACAAUCCUCACAAUGGCUGCGCCGUCUCCCUCACAGCGAUAUUUGAGCUCCCGCGGCGGUUCCUACGGCUUCUCGUUCGAAGAAGCCGUGCUCAAGGGACUCGCCGACGACGGCGGUCUGUUCAUCCCCGAGGCCAUCCCCUCGCUCCCGCAGGACUGGGCCUCGCGCUGGUCAAAGCUCCGAUUCCAGGACCUCGCCUGCGAGGUCCUGUCGCUGUACAUCUCUCCCGACGAGAUCCCCGCAGAAGACCUCAAGGAGCUGGUCGAGCGCUCGUACUCUACCUUUCGCCAUCCCGAGAUUGCCCCCGUCGUCGACCUCGUGCCCGAGGAUAACCUGCACGUCCUGGAGCUGUUCCACGGCCCUACCUUCGCGUUCAAGGAUGUGGCGCUGCAGUUCGUCGGUAACCUUUUCGAGUACUUCCUGGUGCGCAAGAACGCGCAGCAGGGCACGGAGGGUGGAAAGCGCCAUGCGUUGACCGUCAUCGGCGCGACAAGUGGUGACACCGGCUCGGCGGCCAUCUACGGUCUGCGUGGAAAGAAGGACGUCAGCGUGUUCAUCCUGCAUCCUCGCGGCAAAGUGUCGCCCAUCCAGGAGGCGCAGAUGACUACGGUGCUCGACGAGAAUGUGCACAACCUGUCGGUGGAGGGAACGUUCGAUGAUUGCCAGGACAUCGUCAAGACGCUGUUUUCGCACCCUGUGCUGAGCAAGACGCACAACCUUGGUGCCGUCAACUCCAUCAACUGGGCACGAAUCUUGGCGCAGAUCGUCUACUACUUCUCGUCGUAUUUCGCCCUGGCGAACAAGCUGCCCGAGGGCCAGACCCCGAAGAUCAGAUUCGUCGUGCCGACUGGAAACUUCGGCGAUAUCCUUGCUGGAUACUUCGCGAAGCGCAUGGGAUUGCCCAUUGACCGGCUCGUCAUCGCCACCAACGAGAACGACAUUCUCGACCGCUUCGUCAAGAGCGGGCGCUACGAGAAGCACCCGCUUUCGCCCUCGGAGGCCGAAGGCGGCAUCGCAGCCGACGGCGCAAAGGCGCACCCCGGCGGCGUCAAGGAGACCCUGGCACCGGCCAUGGACAUCCUCGUCUCCUCGAACUUCGAGCGUCUCCUCUGGUACCUCGCGCUCGAGUCCGUCGCGGGAGUCCCACAGAGCAGCGGCGAGCCAACCAAGCAGCAGAAGGAGGUCGCCGGCAAGACCGUGCUGCAGUGGAUGGAUAGCCUCAAGACCGUGGGCACCACGAUAGUCCCCGACACUGUCCUCGACGCCACCAGGCGGGACUUCGCCUCCGAGCGCGUCUCGGACCUGCAGACCGUCGACACCAUCAAGCACGUCUACACCACACCCCCGUCGGCGCCCUACGUGCUCGAUCCCCACAGCGCCAUCGGCGUGGCCGCCGCUAUGCGCCUGAUACAGAAGGCGAAGCAGGCCGGCGAGAAGGACGUCCACUUCGUCUCGCUGUCUACUGCCCACCCGGCAAAGUUCAACCAUGCGGUCGAUCUGGCGCUGAAGGAGCAGGCCGACUACGACUUUGAGACCUCCGUCAGGCCGAAGGAGUUUAUUGGGCUCGAGCAGAGGGAGAAGCGCGUCAGGGUCAUUGCGAAGGCGGACCCGGAGCUCGUCAGGGCUGCCGUCGAGGAGAUGUUGGCGGCUGAGGGAAAGGUGUAGAAUUUUUUGGGGUUUGGUUGACAGGUUGGUUGUUUAUGUUGGGCUUGGUUUACUAUCUAUAUUGGCGCAAUGAUGUUUUUGGUUUUGGUUUUAGAAAGUAGUGGUAAGCUGGGUUGGAUCGGUUAUAUCUAUCUGCAGCAAAAGGGCAAUGAAAUAGUGGUGUUUACUGGCAGAAUUUACUUCGAGUCUGGGCCUUCCCCCCGUGCCCUUGUGUAGCCCGCUACUACCCUCUAUUCGAUGGUCAAGAUGAUCUGUUUCAUCGAUGGCUUGUACCAUAUCUCCUGCGAGACAAAGGCGGUAACUACCGUAGUUCAGAGAGGUGACCAUCCGCUGCAGCCCUAUAAUCCACUUGGUUGCGGAUUGGCCUUUGUUUUGU